CUUAAAACUAACAUUCUAAGCAUCCAAACUAAGUGUGCCGACUUAAGCGCAUUCAUUUGUUCCGUAGAAAUUAAUUUGACUUAAAGUGACAGAUGAUUACAUAAACCCCUGUUUUCCAUUGAAUUUUGUUCGUAUUUUGUUGAAUUAACGAAUUAAUCAUGAAGUAUACGAAGAUCGUGGAGAAAAUCCCCAUGUCGGGCCUAAUCUUGGACAUAAAAGAUAUAAUGGCUGAUAAAGUAGUAGAAAAGGUGGGAAGGCCCAUGAAAUUCCCCUACACCUUCUCAGCCAAAGUGGCCCAAUUCCCAUACAAAUUUUACUUUAGCAACCAAUGGAUCUGGAAGUACUAUGCAGUUGCCAUGCUCGUCACUAUUCCAUUGUUCAAAUCCAUCAGUAAUCUUUCCAACUCCCCCGAAAACGUUGCUAAAUGGGCCGAAAUCCGCCGCAAGGAGGCCGCAGAACACCAUUAAAUUCAUUAAUUUUUAGUCUUAAUAGGAUGAUAAAACAGCAUUUUUGUUAUGUUAUUUAAUUAACUUCAAUAAUAAAGUGUAUAUAAGUUCCAAGAAUUA